AUGUACCACCCCAGUCAAACUCCCUACCUAAAGCUGUCGCGGGAGCGGGUGGCGGCCGGCGUCGCCAUGUACCACCCCCAGUCAAACUCCCUGCCUAAAGCUGUCGCGGGAGCGGGUGGCGGCCGGCGGCCGGCGUCGCCUUCUGAGCUGGCUGUUGGGCGCCGGCCGAAGCGACCGCAGCUAGGCGGCUGCGCAGCCAGGACUGUCCACGAGGCACGUCCCACGCCGGUCCAGGCUCGCCCGGCGCCCCAGAGGCUCCGGAGCCGGCGUGUCGGCCUGAAAGGGUCCCCUGCCCGGUGCCGGGGCCCGCGGGCGCCGCACGCCGCGACCCGCCGGCCGUGCGCGACCGCCGGCCGCGCCCCUAUGACGGGGCAGGCGGCGGAGGGGACGGAGGGGGCCCGCACGCGGACGGUCCCGCAGUCGGAGGGGGGGAGCGCCGCCGCCAGGACACGGCGCGCCCUGCCGCUUUACCGGAUACAGGUCGGCAGGGCAAGCAACAAUCGCCCGCGGACCCGGGGCACCUCGGCGCGGCCGACACCGGCCCGGCCGGGGACCGGGAGACCCAGCCAGGCGGCCGCCGCGAGGAGGCGACGACACGCAGGCGGGUGCAGCCAGUCGUCCCUUCUUCGGCCGGGCGGCCGGUGCGACCACGGCAGGUUUCUAGGCUCUUCAANGGCUGCGGAGGGCACGGAGGGGGGCCCGCGCGCGGACGGCCCCGCGGUCCGGCGGGGGGGAGCGCCGCCGCCCGGACACGGCGCGCCCGGCCGACCUCCGCCGGCCCGGCGCCCGCUCGCCCGGCCCGCGCCGGGGCGCCGCGACCCGCUUCCAGCCCCGGCCCGACCGACCCAGCCCUCAGAGCCAAUCCUUCUCCCGAAGUUACGGAUCCGGCUUGCCGACUUCCCUUACCUACAUUGUUCUAUCGACCAGAGGCUGUUCACCUUGGAGACCGGCUGCGGUUAUGGGUACGACCCGAGGCGACGGUCCACGCACUCCCCCGCAUUUUCAAGGGCCGGCCGGAGCUCGCCGGACGCCGCCGGAGACGCGGCGCUCUACGGGGCCGCAGCCCCUAGCUCCGGACAAGCCGAUUCCAGGGAUCCCGCCCCUUACCAAGAAAAGAAAACUCUUCCCGGGGCCCCGGCCGGCGUCUGCGGGCUCGCUUGCUUUGCAGCUCGGACCGCCGCGGAGGACGGAGGGCUCCGCCUGCGGGUUCGGGAAUAUUGA